UUUGAUUGUAUUUGCUCAGAGACGCAUCACUUAAUAUCUCCCCCCUCUCUACUUCAGGCACUUCAGUGAGGCCGCAUAACAGCAGCCAGCCGGCCAGUAAUCUGUCAGCCAGACCACCCAAACGAACGAGGAAGCGGCGCGCUAACUUCCCCAUGGAGAAACUGAUGGAGCAGUUCCUGGAGCAGAGCGCGCAGGCGGAAGAAAACUUCUACCGGGUGGAGGAGCAGCGCCUGCAGGCGGAAGACCGCCGCAGGGAAGCCGAACACGCCAGGGAACUGCACAUGCUUCAGAUGCUCGGUCAGAUGUUCUCCAGCAUCUCCUCCGGCAGACCCGGCUCCGCAGCCUCUCCAUCCAAAACUGCUCCCUCUGCCCGCGCUCCCGUGUUCUCCGGUGCCCCCCCGUCAUGUGCACGUGGCCAGUUCAGUCACCUCAGGCACCCUUCACCCCAGACAGACUGUUGCACCCAACAAAGUCAGCUGCUGAACCCAGAUCCACAGGCAUUAGUGUUUGAGCGAUACUACAGUUUGGGGUCACACAGAGGCAUGGAUGAUGACAUCCUCUCACUAGUAAAGAGCGUAGUCCCUCCACUGACGUCCAAAAAGCACAAGGGACAGGAUGGACGUAUUGGGAUCAUUGGUGGAUGCCAAGACUAUACUGGAGCGCCGUACUUUGCUGCCAUCUCAGCACUGAAAGCGGGAGCUGACUUGUCUCAUGUGUUCUGCACCAAAGAUGCUGCAACUGUAAUCAAAUCAUACAGCCCUGAGCUCAUAGUUCACCCUGUUCUAGACAGUCCUAAUGCAGUGGAAGAAAUAGAAAAAUGGCUCCCAAGACUUCACGGCCUUGUGGUGGGACCAGGUCUAGGGAGAGAAGAAGCGUUAUUGAAAACAGCUAAGGAGGUGAUAGAGAAGUCUAAAGCAAGAGACAUCCCUAUAGUCAUUGAUGCAGACGGAUUAUGGCUAGUUACGCAGCAACCAUCUGUUAUUCAAGGGUACCAGAAGGGCAUCCUCACACCGAACUUCAUGGAGUUCACUCGACUGUACGAGGCGCUGCACCAUGAGCCCAUGGAUGGCAGUGAUCAUCAACGCAGCGUCAUGCAGCUCAGCGUAGCUAUGGGCAACAUCACUACGGUGCUAAAAGGAGAACAGGAUCUCAUUACAGAUGGCAGUAAGGUGAUCUCAUGCAGUGUUGAGGGCAGUGGGAGGAGAUGUGGUGGACAGGGAGAUCUUCUGUCUGGAUCUAUGGGAGUUUUGGCGCAUUGGGCCCAUGCUGCAUCUGCAGCAGGAACGGUCAGAAGUGUAAAUCCUUCACUGGUUGCAGCGUUCGGGGCCUGUUCGCUUACAAGACAGUGCAACAGUCAAGCAUUCCAGCGACACGGCAGGUCUACCACCACAUCAGACAUGAUCCAGGAGAUCGGCGCAGCCUUCAAAAAGCUAUUUGAAAGCUGAAAACGGCCGACUGAAAUCAAAAGUGUCAUUUUAAAAGCUAUACAUACAUACUCAGUUUUGCAUUCUUUAAAACUGGUAAUCAAGCCUGUGGGUGGGCUAGUUAAAAUGUUCUCAUCAAGCUGAAUUUGAACAGAGUGGCGUGGACUGUCCUUUCAAACACGACACUAAAAAUCUGGUGCAAAAAAUACACACUGACUUGUUUGAUGUGUAUUGAAUAAACCCUGUAAGAAAACCAACCAA